AUGCGUCGCCCCAGCGGUUGCCCCACGGCCCAGAUCUGCAUCCCCCCCCCCGCCGUCCUGGUGAGGAGCUGUCCCGUGAAAACCCGCCCGGAUCCCCGCGGCACCGCCUGCAGCUUCCAGCAGAGCUUCUGCUUGCCUCCCCGCGGGAAUCCCUGCAGGAAUCCCUCCUACUGCUACACCAGAGUGCCCCAGGGCAGCACCACCUACGUGAAGCUGGGCGGGCUGGGGCUGGCACAGGCUGCGGGCUGUGGGGGGCCCUGUGGCCUCGCCAUGGCCUCGGGGGUCCCUCCCUGCUGCCAGGGGGUGACCAGCUACAGCACCACCUGUAGGGAUCCCUGCUGCUCCCAAGGGACCAUGUGCCAGGAGUCCUGCUGCCAGGAGGUGACCAAAUGCACCACGACCUGUGUGGAUCCCUGCUGCAAGGAGGUGACCAAAUGCAGCACCCGGUGUGUGGAUCCCUGCUACUGCAAGAAAGUGUCCAAGUGCUCUUCCAAGUACGUGGAUCCCUGUUGCAAGAAAACGACCAAGUGCUCUCCCAAGUGUGGAGAUCCCUGCUGCAAGAAAGGGGCCAAGAGCAGCAGCAGAUGUGCCACCAGGUGUGUGGAUCCCUGCUGUCGACCUGUGACCAAAUGCACCACCACCUGUGUGGAUCCCUGCUGCCAGGAGGUGACCAAAUCCAUCACCAAGUGUGUGGAUCCCUGCUGCCAGGAGGUGACCAAAUCCAUCACCAGGUGUGUGGAUCCCUGCUGCCAGGAGGUGACCAAAUCCAUCACCAGGUGUGUGGAUCCCUGUUGCCAGGAGGUGACCAAAUCCAUCACCAGGUGUGUGGAUCCCUGCUGCCAGGAGGUGACCAAGUGCACCACCAGGUGUGUGGAUCCCUGCUGCCAGGAGGUGACCAAGUGCACCACCAGGUGUGUGGAUCCCUGCUGCCAGGAGGUGACCAAGUGCACCACCAGGUGUGUGGAUCCCUGCUGUGGGGGCGUCCAGGCCGUCACCAAGCGCGUGGAGUCCUGUGCCACCCCCUGUGUCACCCAGGUGUCCUGUCCCACCCCCUGUGCCACCCAGGUGUCCUGUCCCACCCCCUGUGCCACCCAGGCCUGCCCCGCCUGCGGCCGGCGCUGCCCCCUCCGCUCCCGCAAAUUCCGGGGGCUCUGA